UUUUCUAGUAUACUUUUGAUCCGUUUCGCCCCGGCAGUAGUAUCCUACAUACCGUGUGUUCGACGCGUUUUUCAAAAGAAGGAAUCACGCACAAGCGAUUAAGUACCGUUUAAAACACCAAUUUUUUUUUUUUCGUUUGUUUCUAUACUUACCCCAUACACCGUUUUCGAGAACGUUGAUUGUGUCUGGCUUCUUAUUUUAAUCUGCGGCGGCCAAACAUAUUGGUAUUUUGUUUUUUUUUUUUUAUGGUCUUUUGCAUACCUAUAUUUUGAAGACCGACAAGAGAGUCUCCUUACCACAACAUCAAAAACCAGACGGAAUAACGACAAUAUGGCCGACGCCGAGUGCAUCGAUUUGUUGGAAAAGGAAAGGAUUUCGAAGGAACUAAAAAACCGUCUGCACGAGUGGCGGGAAGUCAUAGUAAUAUUGAACGCGUUAAUGGCUUGGGAAAAAAUUUGGUUUCCCGCAAUAACAGUGGCGUGCGUUUCAAUGUUGUACUUGUACGUAUGGCUAGUGAACUGUUCGAUGUUAAACAUGAUCUGGGCAACCGGGUUGUUGGUGACUUUGUUGGACUGCUUCAUGUGCGGUCCUUUCCAGAAGCUCUUGCCGCCAAACAUUUGGGACCAAAAUAAGGAACAAGCGUACACGGUCGUGUGUGAAUCCGUCACCGACUACUACGUCACGUUCAGACUAUACGUGGAGCGAUUUUUCAAACUCAGACAGACCAACACGAGGCUGUUUCACUCUGUCCUGGCCGUGUCGUUCUUCAGUCUUUUGUACGUCGGGAUGACAUUUAAUAAUUUAUUCGUAUCAUACAUAACAGUUUUAGUAAUUCUAUUGUUCCCCGGAUUCAAAAUAAGGUCCGAAUAUAUUGAGAACACAUUACAGACGAGCAUGCAAAUGGUGAUGUCGCGGUUAUGGCCAAAUAAUGACAAUAUGGCGUGUUCGUAGGAUCGUCUUUAGCUGACACAAUCGUUAUUCGGUUUUUAAUUAAAAAAAAAAAAAAUAAAAGAUAAUUUAUUGUAAAAAAAUCAAUUGCGGUGGGCUACGAGCGCAUCAUAAGCCGUGCUCACCGCAUUAUUUGAUAACGUUUUUUUUUUUUUUUAAUUGUCAUUUACUUUUGAAAAAUUAAGUGAAGCAUUUUGUAACACCACGUUAAUACUCCCUCCCCCCGUAUGUAUACUUUCUAGUUUAUCGGUGUAGCCGUUACCUACACCGUUUGAAUUUUGUUAACUAUAAAAGCUGAACAAUUUGUAGACUAUUGCGGUGAUUGCAUUGCAGCGUCAACGUGCCAGACAAAACGCUGAAUUGUAUUUUAACCGAUGUAGUUUGGUAAUUAUGUAUGUAAAAUUAUUUAUAUACGUUUCGUGUUAUAUUUAUGUGUUUACAACUGUUUUAUGUACUUACUUAAAGUAAAAAAAAUAAACUUAAUGUAAUUAGCUAUUAUUGAAUAAAUUUGCACGUGCAAAGUCA